AUGAGCGAUGUUAAUGAAGUUUCUAGUAUAACAAAUGAAUCAAUAAACAAUCAACAACAACAACAACAACAACCACAACCACAACAACCACAACAGCAACAACAACCAGCACAAUCACAAUCAUCAUCUCCACCACCACUACCUCAAAAACCACAACAAAUUAUAGAAAAUGGUUUAAGUUCAAUUUCAAUAAAUGAUCCACAAUCAUCAAAUCCUACUCCACCAAUUGAAGAUAAUAAUAGAGGUGUAUCAAAUGAUGCAAUUAAAGCAUCAUUAGAUGGAUUAAAACAUAAUUCAUUAAAAACAUCAUUCCCAACAUCAUCACAAUUUAUUGAUGUAAAUGCACAAUGGAUUCAUAAUAAAUUAAAAGAAAGAGAACCAGAGUUUACAGAGAAAAAAGCAAUGACAAUAUUUUUAGGUACAUGGAAUGUUAAUGGUAAAAAACCAACAGAACCAUUGGAUCUUUGGUUAAAGGAUCCAUCAAUGACUUUACAACCCGAUGUAUAUGCUAUUGGUUUUCAAGAAUUAGAUUUAACAGCAGAAGCAUUGUUAUUAGGUGAUACAACACGUUCAUUACCAUGGGAACAACAUAUUUUAUCAACAUUAGGUGGUGAUUACGUUAAACUUCUCUCCAAACAAUUAGUUGGUAUACUAUUAUGUGUUUAUGUAAGGAAAGAGCAUAGACAACAUAUUGCACAUGUUCAAUCAGAUAUUGCUGCUGUCGGUAUUAUGGGUAUGAUGGGAAAUAAAGGUGGUGUAGCAAUUAGAUUUUCAUUUUACAACACUACAAUUUGUAUUAUAAACUCUCACUUAAAUGCACACAUGGAAAAUGUAUUAAGAAGAAACCAAGAUAUGAAAGAUAUUGCUAAAAACAUUAAAUUUGUUGCUGAAGAAGGACCUAUAAAUAUUUUUGAUCACGAUCAAUUAUUUUGGAUUGGUGAUUUAAAUUAUAGAAUUCCAUUACCAGAUUAUGAAGUUAAAGAAAAAAUAAAGAAAAGAGAUUUUUAUAAUUUAUUUUUAGUAGAUCAAUUAAAUCAACAAAUGAAGGCAGGAGCAGUUUUUGAAGGAUUCCAAGAGCCACCUAUUAGUUUUGCACCAACCUAUAAAUACGAUGCAGGCACAGAAGAAUAUGAUAGUAGUGAAAAGAGGAGAACACCAGCAUGGUGUGAUCGUAUUCUUUGGAAAACAUCCAAAAAAGCAGAGAAUGUUGGUAUUUUAUCAUAUAAACGUCACGAAUUAUUAUCAUCGGAUCAUCGUCCAGUUAGUGCAUCAUUUAUUAUCAAAUUCAAAAUGGUUAUUCCCGAGGUUAAAAAUAGAAUCUAUCAAGAGAUUGUCAAAGAGUUGGAUAAAAAAGAGAAUGACAGUAUGCCAGAUGCAAAUAUCUCAACUAAUAUGGUAGACUUUGAAACUAUUAAAUUUAUGACCCCUGUAACUAAACAAUUGGUAUUUGAAAAUAUUGGUCAAGUUAUCGCUCGUUUCCAAUUCAUUCCAAAAUUAGAUGAAUCCAUACUUUGUAAACCAUGGCUUAAAAUAUCUCCAAUUGCUGGUAUGAUGAUACCAAAAGAAAAAGUUACAAUCGAUUUAACUAUUUAUGUUGACAAUUUAACAUCACAAGCUUUCAAUGUAAAUGGUGAAUCUAUGGAUGAUAUUUUAAUUUUACAUUUAGAAAAUGGUAAAGAUUAUUUUAUUUCAAUUUCAGGUAAUUUCCAAAGAACAUGUUUUGGUAAUACUUUAGAAAAUUUAGUUAGAUAUCCACACCCAAUUAGAAAUAAUAUACCAAUACCACAAGAACAAAAGAAAUUAUCAAUUCCAAAAGAGUUAUGGAAGAUUAUCGAUUAUAUUUAUAAUAAUGGUUUAAAAGAAGAAGGUUUAUUCAUAAAGAGUGGUGUCACUAAAGAGAUGGAAGCAAUUAGAGAUUGUUUAGAUACUGCAGAACACUUUAGUACUAUUAGUUUUAGCAUACAUUCAAUGGCGGAGACACUCAUUCGUUUCUUGGAAUCAUUAGUAGAGCCUGUUAUCCCAUUCAAUAUGUAUCAACAAGCUUUGGAUGCUUCAAGCACUCCACAUAGUUGUAAACAAUUGGUUUCUCAUUUACCAUCUGUCAACUAUAAUGUAUUUUUCUAUUUGAUUUCAUUCCUCAUCGAAGUUCUUUCUCAUCAACAAGAAAAUCAAUUAACUGCUGAUCAAUUAGCCAUUGUAUUCAGUACCAUUCUAUUAAGACCUUCCCCAUUAUCACCUUUAUCUCAAUUCCCACCCGAUGCCAAUAUAGUUAAAAAGAAAGCUGAUUUAAUAUUACACUUUUUAAUUUCAAAAGAUUUAAUAAAUUAAUUUUUUUUUAUAAAUUUUUCCUAAUAAAAAAAAAAAUUAAUUUCAAAAAAUACAGCCAUGAUCAAUCAUAAAAAUAAAUAAAAAUAAAUAAAUAAAAAAAAUAAUUAAUAAUAAUAAUAUUAAUAAAAUCAAUAAAAUAUUUUUAAUAAAUCAAUCAAUCAAUU